AUGUCUACCGUUAGACCGGGGUUUCUUUCCAGCAAGAACACAUUUGAGUGGUGUUCGGAUCUCAGCCAACUCGAUAAAAAUAUCGAAUCAAUUCACCCAUCAGAUCACCAGAUCGCCGGAGGUCAGCUUCUUAAGACCUUACUUGAUGAAAGUGAUUUUCCUGAACCCACCCCAAUAAUUGAAAAUGAUCCGAUUUCCUUUUCGUUAUCAAUUCACCAGUAUCAAUUGGUGAAAGCAGCCUGUAAGAUAAUCCGUAAGACCAACCUCUAUUUGCAAAAUAUCGAACAGAAUGUACCGAGAAACAUACAGCUAGUUACUUUGAGUGUUCUAAGCCAUCUUGAGUAUCAACCCGAAAAUUACGAUCCACGUUAUGAUCCCACGAUAUUGUAUCACCGAUGGAUUAUAAGAUCAAAGUCAAGUGAUAUUGAUUUCGGAUCUGAACUCGAUCCAAGUGAAAAUUCAGUAGAAGUCUUGGAGACUCUAUUAAAAUCUCUGGACGAGGAUAUCGUGGGUUAUGUGGAUGGAGUCAUUCCCAAAACGUCUCUUUCUUAUCAUAUUCAUAAUAUCUUUCGGAUCCAGUUAUCUUAUGAGUUGGGGGAGUAUUAUUUUUCGAGGGAUAUAGGAAAGUCCGUUGCAUACUUGUGCAAAUGCGCGCUCGAAGGAGCUCCUUAUGAAUCCACCAGUGAAUAUAGGUUAUUCUGUACCAUAGAUAAAGAUCGACUAUCAGCUUUGAUCAAGGGAACCGGUUUUUUGACAAAGAAAUUUAAGCCAUCUGUACAAUUGAAGCACUUUUUAGAAGAUCAAGAUUAUAAGGGUGUUUGUACGGUAUUAUUCAAAUCAUUUGAAAAUAAUUUGACGGACAGUAUACCGUUGGACGAGACACGUGCUCUCCUUAGGGAGGCGGUCACACUUGGCCAAGAAGAUGCAGCCAUUCAGAUUGCUUUUUAUAACGUGUUUAAUUUAUCGCCAUCCGUAUCCACGGAUGAGAUGAUAGAUGAGAUUCCCACACAAUGUUUUCAGUACCUCCACGAUAAUUUUAAAGAAGAAACUAUUAUCAAGGUUAUGGAAUUAUUGAAAGCAAAGUAUGGAAACUUUUUUGGUCAAAGUUUAAGCGAAAAUCAGAGAAAAUUUAUUUCUUUAUUUUUCCAAAAAAUUGAGAAAGAUGAAAUUUGGGGAAUAUUGAGGAAGAUUGAAGGCCUGGAGUUUCUUCAAUAUCCUGUUGAGCGCAUCAUUGAAAGAUUAGCAUUGUUGAAUACUAGUUGCAAGGCCAUCAAAGCCAAAAAAGAUGAAUACAGAUUAUCGAUGAAAACUUCGACCAAGACGUGUGCAAACUGUUAUAGGACACGUCGGAAAUGUUCAGGAUCUUCAAGUAGCACAUCAUGUGAUCAGUGCAAAGAGAGGGGUCUCGAGUGUAACUCUUUUUUACCGUCAAAUCACAAUCAUUCUGAUUCGAGCAAAGGAAAGCAGGUCGUAAAUACUCAGGGUGCUUCUAAUGUUUUGAAGCCAAGAAAUAUUCAGCAGCCCCUUCCUCUUCCCCAAAUUACGAGUUUCCCUUCAAUAUUCACGACAGUUGUUCAAAAUGUUCGAUACGAUCGAUUGGUUGAUUUAUCAGACGCCAUUGGUGCACGUGGAUCCGUUAAUAGCACUCUUAAUGAUAAUCAAGUUCAAUGGGAGGGCAUUGAGAAAUUCAUUAAAUCCUCUUUCGACAAUGAUAAAAUAGAUGAUGAAAAGUUGUUGCAUGUGGAAAAGCUGAGUAACAAAGCUCUGAAUAAUAAUGUUUUAUUAGAUUUAUCAGUUCUGGAAAAUAUAACGUCUGUUAUGUUAGAUCAUUGUCGUUGGGAAUUCCUUGGUAACUUCCUGACGAAUAUAUUAAAUUCGAGAUCCAAAAAUGAAUGGAAGAGGGUACAUUCGUCACAUUAUCGUUUUUGUAAAUUUAUGAUCGCUUGUAUCGAAAUAUUCAAAAUAUAUUCGCAGUAUGCUCAAGUCAUAUAUGGUGCCGAAGAUAGCCUUGAGACAACAUACCGAAAGGAAUUUGAUAUUAUCCUUCGCUUAAAUUCCGACGAGUUAAAGAAUUUUCGAGUCGCAGCACAUCGGAUGAUCAAAUCUAUGGAUUCGGCAGAUACUAAGAGCCUUGAACCAGCGCUCGGUAUUUUAACAAGGCUCAAAAAUGUAAAAUGGGCACAUCAUAUCGUUAUAAGCUUGACUGCCGGACAUUUAUGCAAUCGAAAGGCGCAAAGAAAGCAAAUGCAAUUGAACCAUCAAUUGUAUAGUCCGAUCAUGAUAAUUAUGAUGUCGAGUAAAUGUGCAGAAAAAUUUUGGCCUCGGGAAAUGUUUUAUGCGAUCGUGGACAUCCUCGACGGGCAUGUGAAGCCUCUUCUUCAUGACAUAACGCAAUACCUUUUAUAUUUGUGUAUUGAGUCGGAGAAGCAUAACGAACCGAGAUUUGUCUAUGAUGUUCGGAUAGCAGAUAUAUAUUAUUUGCAAGGCUCUCCGACCAUAUCUCUGAGGCAUAGCCUGAAUGCUGUUGCUCGUGUUACAUCUAUGUACAUGUUCUUGAACAAAAUUGAUAUAUUGUGGCCCCUACAUACAAUAGGACGUAUGAUUAGCUGUUGUCUGUCCCGGAAAGAGCUUAUGGCUGCUGUAGUGUUGCAUCAGUUCAUCGGACAGGAUGUUGAUUAUAUAGGUGUGACGAAAGAAUUGAUCGAUCGGGCUAUAGAAAACGAAACGCUGCGUACAUCAGUUUUUACAAAAUUUGUGUUUAAUGUCGAAAUGUUGCAAUAUAUUUGCAAAUGUCUAUUUGAAAGAGGAGAUAUGACCGCGUUUAAUCAAAUAUCGGAAUGGUUGAACAUGGAGCUAAAUGAGCAAACACCGUCAAUAUAUCGGAAGAAUUACAUUGCCGAGAAUCAAGGCAAGCAACAUCAAAACAACCGGCAUCAAAAUGUUAGCGUAAAGUAUAAGCUUCGUUGUGAUAUGAAUUCUCUGACCGUCGACGCAACCAAACAAAUAAUCGAGACCGAUGAAUUGAAAGGUGAAUUCUUACACGAACUGACCAUGUUAGUUGACGAGGAAAAUGAU